AUGAUGCAUUGCUCGGCUGGAGUAGGCAGAACUGGCACAAUCAUUAUGAUUGACAUCAUUCCAAGGAAAUUAUUCAGCUGCAAGGAAGUCGAUAUAGUAGAGGUAAUCAAAACCCUUCGCAACCAACGCGCAUCCUGCACCCAGCUCGAGGGUCGAUAUGUUUUCGUUAUACUUAGCGUUCUUGGUUAUAUAAAGAUCAAGUGUCCAAAGUACAAGGAACGAGUGAACAAGAGCGACUCCCUCUAUAUUCGUUUGAGGGUUGCUCCGCUACCAAAUGAAGUAGUAGCUUUGCUCGAAGAGUCGGCAGAGGUUCUGAAGUCUAUAAGAGGGGGGCAUAUAGAUGACAAGACUUUGACAGAAUUCAAGGCAAAGCUGUUGGCUGUUUGCGAAGAGAGUCUGCAAUAUUAUCGAGGGUCUUGGUGGUACAGAAAGAGCAAAGAAGAGAUCGCUGAACUUGUUGAGAGGAUUUGGUGUUUUGGUCCAGGCAGAGCCAAAGUUAACAUUCUCAUCAAUGGAACUCCUAACCAUCAUAGAAAGCCUUGGGACAGCAGUGAGUGA